AUGGAUGAUUUACAUUUUUCUGACUCUGAUGAUAGUGAUAGCGAUGAAGAUUUCACUCUAUACUAUAGCAGUAGUGAUGAUAGCGAUUCAUCUUGCGAUGAAUCCGAUAUGCCUUUAAAGGAUCGAUGGAAAAAAUUUCGCAAUAAUUUUUCAUGGGUAAAAGAUGAUAACUUUAAUCCCACCAUUCACGAAUUUAAUGAUCCUAAAGUAGGAAUUAAUAGUGACUGCAAUUUUAAUUCAGAGUGCAAACCCAUUGAUAUUUUUAAAUACUUUUAUUCGCUUGAUGUCAUGGAAAUGAUUUGCGCCAUGACAAAUAUUUACCAUAGUUCCAAACUUGAUUUACUAAAUGAAUCAAACAUUUUAAAGGGCAAUUCCAGAAUUCUAUCUUGGAAAAAUAUUUCUGUUUCCGAAUUGUACACGUAUUAUGGGUUAGUAAUUUUAAUGGGAUUAAUAAAAAAACCUUCUUAUGAAAUGUACUGGUCAAAUGACCCCUUGUUGUUUACCCCUGUGUUUGGACAAUAUAUGUCUUUAAAAAGAUUUCAAGCAAUAAGUAGAUAUUUACAUUAUUCUGAAGACGAAUCGAUUGACAAGUUACGAAAAAUAAGACCUUUAUUUGAAAUGAUGAUAGAAAAAUUUAAAAUAGCUUAUAGGCCAGGGGAAAAAAUUAGCAUUGACGAAUCAUUAUUAAAAUUUAAAGGGCGUUUAUCAUUCAAGCAAUGUAAUUUGAGCAAAAGAUCACGUUUCGGCAUUAAAAUAUAUAAAUGUUGUGAUUCUGUUAAUGGAUAUAUAUAUAAUGCAUCAGUUUACAUUGGUAAAGAUCCUGAAGAUGAGAGUAAAAUGAUAGGAAUCUCUGGGAAAGUAGUAAUGAAAUUGCUAGAUGAUUUGAAUGGCCAGGGAAGGAUUCUAUUCAUCGACAAUUGGUACAGUUCUCCUACGUUAUUUGCCAAAUUGUAUGAGCAAAAAAAUAACGUUAUUGGUACCGUUAGAACCAACCGAAAAAAAAUGCCAAUUACGAAGGGAAUGAAGUUAAACAAACUAGCUCGAAAUACAGUGGUGACAUUUCAUUCAAAUAACCUUUUAGUAGUUAUUUGGAAAGACAAGAAAGUUGUCACCAUGUUAAGUACGCUUCCUGGUUCAGAAUUCAUCGAAACUGGUAGAACCGACCACAAAACAGGUCAAGCAAUCAAAAAACCAAAAGUAGUCGCAAUUUAUAAUAGCAAUAUGGGGGGUGUCGAUAAAUGCGACCAAAUAAUAAAGCCCUAUGAGGUCCAAAGAAAAACUUACCGCUGGUAUCAAAAAGUCGCAUUAAAUUUAUUGGACAUGGCAAUAUUUAAUGCCAAUAUUGUUUAUAAUAUUUUGCAUAACGACGAAAAAAAAAGUCAUUGUGAGUUUAGGCUGCAACUUGCUCGAGAGAUAUUGCAAGAAUAUGGAGUCCAAAGAAAAACAGCUAAGAAACCGAGAAACAAAAAAACCUCACAGACUCACAAACUAACAAAAAUUCCUUCAAAUGGUAAAAUCAAACGAAAGAGAUUAAGAUGUGAAAAGUGCUCAGAAAAAAAAAUUAGAACUGACACUACAUGGAUUUGUAACGUAUGUGAAAUGCCUCUUUGUAAAUCAUGUUUUGAUGAAAUGGAAAAACAUUCAGAGUAA